ACGUCCUUUGCUGUUUAUGUAUGGUUGAAGACUUGGCUUGUUAGUUAGCCAUGUCUCGCUUUACCAGUGCCUUCAUUGCAUCUCCUUAUAGAAGUGAUCAGGCGCCAAAACCAACUGAUAAGAGGUGGAUUAGGCCUCCAGAGGGCCUUGUUGUACCCCAGGAUGUGGAGAGGGGGCUGGGGCCAUGGAGUAAGGACCAGGGGCCGCCCAGCUCAGACCCCCCUCUCCCCCCUCAGCUGUGGGGACCCAAACGGCAGCUAGGCCAGUCCAGCCCUGGACCCAGGGUUCCCAUGGAUACUGCUACCAGGUACAGGAUGACCAGCAGACAGCAGACAGGAACAGCUAUCCUGGUGCGUGGUUGUCGCAGGCAGAGUCCGCUCCCUCUACAGGGUACAGCUGGAGGGAGACUGGGGCUGUCAGAGGAGGAGGCCAAGGAGCAGAUGGAGAACGACACCGUGGAGUUGGUGAGAGAGCUGGUUACCAUGCCGUCCAGAGACAGAGUCAAAGCUGUACGAGGCCUUCCUGUAAGUCUGGGGGAGCGCAGAAACAUCAGGUGCCGUGUCUUAGCAGAGAAGUUCUCCAGGAGGAGUCUAGAGAGAACAAGCUGCACUGACUGUUUGGAGCAGAUCUCACUGUCUGUUCGUAGGUGCAGCAGUGUGGUGUUUUUCAGACAGUCUCUCUCUCUGUGGCGUGGUUCUCUAAGGGAGAUCAGUGGAAGGUUUGGUUCUGCUGUCCUCUGCUACUUCCUGUUUCUAAGAUGGCUGCUCCUCUUCAACCUCCUCUCUUCCCUCCUCAACCUCUCCUUCAUCACGUUGCCGUGGGCGCUGCUUGGCACCGACACUCAGGGCGCCGGGGCAACUGCCGGGUUCAGGGGACUGGAGCUCCUCACUGGAGUGGGGUGGUUCAACAUGUCCAUGCUGUACUAUGGUGUCUACAGCAGUAACAGUGUGCUGUCCAGUUAUAACAUCCAGCUAGCUUACCUCUUUACCAUCACCUCCUACAUGCUGCUCUGUGGAGCCUCAGUCAUAUACAGCAUGGCAGGGUGUCUCCAGACUGGUGUUGUGGCGUCAGGUGGAGCAGCUCAGAGACGUGGCUCUCUGUCUGGAAGAGGAGAUGACUACUGGAGACUGUUGUGUAGCUGGGACUUCUCUCUGCUGCACCACGCGGACAUACACACACACAGGACCAACCUGCUAGUACAUCUAAAGGAGUCUCUAAGGGAGAGCAGAGUGAAGAGAGAGCUGUCUGUGUCAGACAAGAUGAGGGCCUGUCUGGUCCGUCUGGCUGUCUGGCUUCUGUCUGUCUGUCUGGCUACUGGGGCCUGUGUGGCUGUCUACUACCUCUGUCAGCACAACCUGCAGGUCAGUAGCACAAACACACACCACACACACAUCUUAAUAGCUGUGUUUGUCUAGGAGUCUCUAAGGGAGAGCAGAGUGAAGAGAGAGCUGUCUGUGUCAGACAAGAUGAGGGCCUGUCUGGUCCGUCUGGCUGUCUGGCUUCUGUCUGUCUGUCUGGCUACUGGGGCCUGUGUGGCUGUCUACUACCUCUGUCAGCACAACCUGCAGCGUGUGGUAACGUCCCCCAGUCCAGAGGAUGUCAUGACAGAGGCCUGGUCUCUGCUGCUGCCUGUAGCAGUGUGUGUCCUCAACACCUUCAUAUCACUACUCUACACACACACACACAGACUGGAGCGCUACGAUAGCCCACAUACACGCGUCUACGUCACGGUGCUCAGGAAUGCGAUGCUGAAGGUGUCUAUCCUAGCAGUGUUGUGUUACUACUGGUUAGCGCUGGUCCCCGGCAACGUCCCGUGUGAUUGCCACCAGGUGUGUUGUGAAGCCGGCAGAGUUUGACGUGGCCAGGAACGUUCUAGAUCUGAUCAACGCUCAGACCCUGGCCUGGAUAGGGGUGUACUUCUCUCCUCUCCUCCCUGUCGUUCAGCUCAUCAAACUCUUCCUAAUCUUCCACCUAAAGAAGACCAGUAUAAGGAGCUGCCAUCCUCCCAGCUCCUGGAGUAGGGUGGGUCAGAUGCAGACCCUCUUCAUCUCCCUCCUCUUCCUCCCCUGUUACCUGGGGACUCUGGCCCUGCUGGCAUACACACU